GUGCAUGUGGUCUGCCUGUACCGGCUUCAUCCAGAUGAUAUUACAGCAUGAACCUCUGGUCGCUCUCUUAUGGAGGAAGUGCAUUACAUUUAGUAUAUCAAUGCGUACAAUUACAGUAUUAAUUAAAAGUCGCUUUAAUGCAGUUUUAUUUGUCGUAAAGGUAUUUUCGUGAAAUGUAAUGCUCAUUUAUUUUAUAUAAAUGUGCAAUGUGAAAUUAUUUCUCAGCUCACAAUCUGGAUUUGUGUUCGCUUAUGCUGCUAAACUUCUUUUCCAUUUGACAUCUUGUGUGAAAGUUGUAUAAAUGUAUUGGUAACAUAAGCGUAGGGCGAAUUUGUAUAAUAAUGACUGCAUUCAGCUUCAGACUUUCUUAGGGAUGACGACUGUUGGUCAGUUCUUGCAGAUUUGUUCUAACUGGUUUGAAAUGUAUAAAUCGCCUUUUCCACUUCGGAAAACGGCGUUUGGAAACUUGUUAGGAAUGAAACCCUCGUGCGGGGUCUUUCCAGCUGUUAAGUGACAUCACUGUACUGAGCGGUCGUAACUCCGCCCACUAUGGGCGGGGCCAAAAUUGUAAACAUGAAUAAAAAGAUGCGCUUGCCGGGAAAGUUUACAAAACGGCAGUGCUCGAGAACAACGCUUCGCAGCCCGUUGAGGGGAACUUAUACUUUUGGAUAUAUCGUAUUUCACAUUUUAAAGGAUUCUGGUCUUGGUUCUGACAGGUUCUGAAGAUGUUGCAAGGUUGUUCUCCGUCGCACGACUGGCUUUGCGAGUCCGAGCCGCUGCUUUUUGACGACGAGUUUUGCCAGAGUCUCAUGAAGGACCUGCAGGCCAUCCCCACGCCGCCCCAGUCCCCUCCGAUGAAACCGGGGUAUGGAAAGUCUCUGUCCACCGUGGAUCAGUUGGAGUUGGUGUCGGAACUUUUAAUGGAAGACAGUGACUUUCUCCGCCUGGACUGGAACUGUGAUUUUACCGGCGCAAGCAUCGCUGCUGUUGCAGCCGCAGCAGACGACCCGCUCUCGGAAGACUACCUGUGGCACACCGACGGAGAUAAACCGAUCGAGGAUAAACUGGCGUCCGUGCUCUCCACGAGUCCCUUGCUCUCCGAUAUUGACACUCAAAUCUUUGCUGAAAUCGUCGGCUCAACGCUGGAUUGCCACAAUGUGGCGCUCGCCUGCCAGGCUUUGGAGAGUGAGGAUUUACCCUUGGACAGUCAGGAACAGAUCGAGUCCACAUCUGAUUAUGGUUCACUGUCCACUGGAGGAGAAUCAUCUACAAGCGAUUCUGAGGAGGAAAUUGAUGUUGUGACAGUCAGGCGCUCGAGUACGCUAACACGUUCCCAACGCCAGCAGCAGUUGGAGGACAGUCACCGGGAGCAACAGCGUGCUCUCAAGCGCUGUCACUUUGAAAUUCAACAACAGCACAACUACGCCGCCCCACGGCCCGCCUCUCCGCCUCCCCUGCCCUCUCCGAGCACAGCGCCCCCUCUCAAACGCUCCCGAGGGGCCGGAGAAUCCCACCGGAACACACACAGUUCAGGACGGUCUCGCAGCCUUGCAUCUCGGCAGAGUGCGGACACUGAGGACGAGGAGGAAAGACGGCGUACGCACAACGUGAUGGAGAGGCAAAGGCGAAACGAGUUAAAGAACUGCUUCUUUAGACUACGGGAUAACGUCCCUGAACUUUCCAAAAACGAAAAAGCUUCGAAAGUGGUCAUAUUGAAACGAGCGAAAGAAAGCAUCAGGAACCUGGAAUCAGAAAACCAGAGACUUGCUCAGAAGAGAGACAAACUUAGGCAAAGGCAAGAACAGCUGAGAGCCAGACUCGAACAGCUCAAGAGAUUGUAAAUGUCGGAGACUAAAGUUGGCCAGUUUGGGCACUCGAUGACUGCAACAGUGGCGCUGCAAACUCGCAAAUCAACACUUGUGACUGACUGUAAAGAAAAGACCUCGGAUCUCUGAGGAUAUUCAGGAUUUGUCUGCUGUUGAGUUCCGUUUGGAAACCUGCAUGGUCAAUGCAAGAAAUGUUCUCAGUGUUGUGACUUUGCGCUAUGCCAAAGUCUUGUUCUUAAGUCUUAACAUGAAAAUUGUGUGUUUGAAGAAUAAAAGCAUAAUAAUUAGCCUUUAAGAAAGAAAAUAACCCUAGAUUAUCAUCAUAUGUUCUACCUUUGUAAUAUUUUGGGCUGGAUCCAAAGGAUGUUUCAAGAGGGUUGAAUGUAAUUUGCAUAUGAUUACAUUUGCAUAGACUUAAAGUUGGCAUUCGAUGUUGACGUUCAAACUGGAACAACUAAAGUAUAUCGGAUUUCAUCCAUAGUUUGUCAUGUUGAGGUUCAAAUUUCAAUCACACGCUUCACAUGUCUUGUAUUUCCUUUGUCUGUUGUACAAAGGAAUUUUGUCAAUUAUCGUAUGGUCCCUCCUGUUUUUUUAUUUUUAUUGUUUUUUUGUUUAUCUACCUCUACCAGGAAAAAACCUGGCUAUUUUAUUGCCUUCAUAAUGGCAACUGUAUAGAAUGAUUGACUCUUCUCUUCCCCCCCCUCCCCCCCCACCCCAUGUAAAUACAUUUUGAUAAUUAUGUAUCAUAAAUUAUUUAGGCUUUUUCUUUUUGGUUCAUUUGCAGGUUUUAGAAAAAAAAACGUAUUGUUUGUUUUUUCAGCUGCACUUUGUUUUAUAAAGUAAUAAAGAAUGGGCAAGAUAACAUGUUUAGUGUUUGGAU